CGCUCAAAGCUUACUAAUUCAGCACUGAACCGAAACUCACACUAUUAAGCAAAAUCACUGCGGAACCAGUCAGUACAGACACUAUGGCAAACGCGGCGGUGCUAUUCGCCGUUUUCCUGGCGGCGAUUUGGGUUGCGGAAUCAGAGUACAUAGAGUACAACACCACGCAGAGGAUUGUCCCCGACAAGAUAAACGUGCACUUAGUACCUCACUCUCACGAUGAUGUCGGGUGGCUCAAGACCGUCGAUCAGUACUACGUUGGAGGCAACAACUCCAUUCGGGGUGCAUGUGUGCAGAACGUGCUGGAUUCUGUGAUUUCCUCGCUCUUGGAGGACACGAAUCGCAAGUUUAUCUAUGUUGAGAUGGCAUUUUUCCAGAGAUGGUGGAGGCAGCAAAGUAAAGCUAGGAAAAUUAAAGUCAAGGAGCUUGUCAAUUCUGGUCAGCUAGAAUUCAUAAAUGGAGGUAUGUGUAUGCAUGAUGAGGCCACUCCGCAUUAUAUUGACCUAAUUGAUCAGACCACUCUUGGGCAUCAAUUCAUUAAAGAGGAGUUUGGUAAGACUCCAAGAGUUGGCUGGCAGAUUGAUCCGUUCGGCCAUUCUGCAGUUCAAGCUUACUUGCUUGGUGCUGAGCUAGGAUUCGACUCACUCUUCUUUGCUAGAAUUGAUUACCAAGAUAGAGCCAAGCGGUUAAAGGAGAAGACUCUAGAGGUUGUUUGGCAGGGUUCCAGGUCUCUUGGUUCUUCUUCACAAAUAUUCACCGGGAUAUUUCCCAGGCAUUAUGAUCCUCCUGAUGGUUUCACAUUUGAGAUAAAUGAUGUUUCCACUCCUAUUCAGGAUGACAUUCUACUGUUCGACUAUAAUGUUGAAGAAAGAGUCAAUGACUUUGUAUCUGCUGCCUUAGCUCAGGCUAAUGUGACCAAAACAAAUCACAUUAUGUGGACAAUGGGAACAGACUUCCGUUAUCAAUAUGCUAAUUCAUGGUUCAGGCAGAUGGAUAAGUUUAUUCACUAUGUCAAUCAGGAUGGGCGUGUCAAUGCAUUGUAUUCCACACCAUCUAUCUACACUGAUGCAAAAUAUGCCGCUAAUGAGCAAUGGCCUCUUAAAAUUGAUGAUUUCUUCCCGUAUGCAGAUCACCCAAAUGCAUAUUGGACUGGUUAUUUUACAAGUAGGCCAGCUUUAAAGGGUUAUGUGAGGGUGAUGGGUGGUUACUAUCAGGCAGCAAGGCAAUUGGAAUUUUUUAAAGGGAGGAACGAAUCAGGACCAAACACUGAUGCAUUGGCUGAUGCUUUAGCAAUUGCUCAGCACCAUGAUGCCGUUAGUGGCACAGAAAGACAGCAUGUUGCUGCUGAUUAUGCAAAGCGACUCUCAAUGGGCUAUGCAGAGGCAGAAAGGUUGGUUGCAUCUACACUUGCUUUCUUAAUAAACGAAAGAUUAAGUUCGCAUGGGAUGAACCUGGUGACAGACUUCCAGCAGUGUCCUCUUCUGAAUAUAAGCUACUGUCCUCCAUCAGAAGCUACCUUGGGUAACGGAAAAAGUUUGGUGAUCGUUGUUUAUAAUCCUCUUGCUUGGAAGAGGGAGGAACUAAUUCGAAUUCCUGUUUCCACUGGAGAGGUUUUUGUCCAGGAUUCUGCUGGGAAGGAAAUUGAAUCUCAACUUCUCCCUCUAUCCAAUGCUACUUUCCGUUUGAGAAACAUUUAUGCCGAAGCAUAUUUAGGAAAAAAUCCUGCUGGAGAACUCAAGUAUUGGCUUGCAUUUCCAGUAUCUGUACCUCCCCUUGGUUUCAACACUUAUGUAGUGUCAAGGCCUAACCAGACAGGUCAUAGUUCGACUAUCUCAAAGGUGUACAGACCAGAAGGAACUACAAAUAGUAACAUAGAAGUUGGUCAAGGGAAUCUGAAACUACUUUAUUCUGCUGAUGAAGGAAAACUGACUCAUUAUGUUAAUAGUAGGAAUCUUGUUACAGCAUCAGUUGAACAAUCAUACAGUUAUUAUUCUGGAAAUGAUGGGACUGACAAAAACCCUCAGGCCUCUGGGGCAUACAUCUUCCGUCCGAACGGUUCAUUUCCCAUUACAUCUGAUCACAAGGUAUCGUUCACUGUCCUGCAUGGUCCUAUACUGGAUGAAGUACAUCAACAGCUCAACCCAUGGGUAUCUCAGAUUACGAGAAUAUAUAAGGCAAAGGAGCACGCUGAAGUUGAGUUCACAAUUGGGCCUAUACCUGUCGAUGAUGGCAUUGGGAAAGAAAUUAUUACUCAAUUUGCAACUACAAUGGAGACCAACAAGACAUUCUACACAGAUUCUAAUGGGCGUGACUUCAUUAAAAGGAUACGAGAUUUCAGGAGCGAUUGGGAUCUACAAGUGAACCAACCCACAGCUGGAAACUAUUACCCAGUUAAUUUGGGAAUAUACAUACAAGAUAGCAGUAUGGAACUCUCAGUGUUGGUCGACCGCUCUGUUGGGGGUUCCAGCUUGGCAGAUGGUCAAAUAGAACUGAUGCUCCACAGGAGGUUGCUUCAUGAUGAUGCAAGAGGUGUUGGUGAGGUACUCAACGAAACAGUUUGCGUUGCUGACAACUGUGAAGGUUUAACCAUUCAAGGAAAACUAUACCUUAGAAUUGAUCGUAUAGGUGAAGGUGCUAAAUGGCGUCGUACAGUUGGCCAGGAAUUAUAUUCACCAUUGCUGUUGGCCUUCACAGAACAGGAUGGGGAUAAUUUGGUGCAUUUCCAACAAUCAACAUUUUACGGCAUAGAUUCUUCCUACAGUUUACCAAACAACACUGCUCUUUUAACCCUCCAGGAAUUUGGAAAUGGCAAAGUGCUCCUAAGAUUGGCUCACCUUUACGAGCUUGGAGAGGACAAAGAAUACUCAGUAAAGGCAAGUGUGGAAUUGAAAAAGCUGUUUCCUAACAAGAAGAUAAGCAAAGUGACAGAGAUGAGUUUGUCUGCUAAUCAAGAAAGAACUGAAAUGGAAAAGAAGAAAUUGGCCUGGAAAGUAGAAGGCUCCACUGGAGAACCUAAAGUGGUGAGAGGAGGACCUGUUGAUCCUACAAAGCUGGUGGUUGAACUUGCUCCAAUGGAGAUUCGAACAUUCUUUAUUGACUUUAGUCCUCUCCAAACAGUUUCUGCAGCAGAAAAUCAUGUAGCAGUGUAACACAAGCCUCCAACACAGUAGCAUGUAUUUCUUGCUCCAAUGAUGUUUUGUAAAGAAAUAUAGAGUUUUGUAAAUUGAGUUGUUGUGACUGUAAACUCAAGAGUUUGUACACAAUAAAACUUUCUAGAGGAUGAAAUCUUGUUAAGUGAUGUGUGAUAUGAAUAUUUUAAUGUUAAUUUGUUAAUGCACAUAA